AUGGCAGAAAUCACUGGCGAAAGCGCUUCAGCUCAAUUGAACAGAGUUCACUUACACAGAGUAAUGAUUGAUACUCCAGCUCUUCUAAACAUGGUUAAACAUUGCAGAGAUGCUGACUGGAGACAAGGUGGACAAGGUAAUUUGAUGGGAGUAUUAAAAGAUGAUACUUUGAUGAUCACCUAAACAAUGCCAGAGGUAAAUAAAUCUCAAAUGGAGGAAUUGACAGCUGCCAUGGAAAAUGAGAGUCAAAAGCUUAUGGAUACCAAUAAAGUUGGAUUUUACUUAAGCGCUCAUAUGGGACUUACUUUCAAUACAGACACUCUCAAUAAUUUGUACAAGUGCUACAAGCAGUUCAAAAACUCAGUGUUUUUAAUCUAUGACAUCAGCAAGGCAAACUAUGGAAUGAAUCCUCUUCAUUGCUAUAGACUUUCAGGCAAAGCUAUUGAAACUCUUGAGAAAAAUGCUAACACUACAAUUGACAAGAUGAAUUUAGUGCAAGAUAAGAUCAGAUAAUCGUAACUAACCAUUCAAGAACUCUUCGAAGAAGUUCCAAUCAGAAUUCACAGAAGUCAUCUCUUAUAGGCAUUCCUCUUUGACCACAUUCAACCACAUAUGCCAGCUUUCAACACUAACUUAUUCAAACUCGCCACACCACAAUAUCUCUGCAAUCAUGUUUAUCAACUUAAUGAAGCAACUGAGGAACUUGUAUUUGAGCAGCAGAGACUUGAGUAGUAACAAAGACAAAUGAUGAAAUAAUAAAAGAGAAUUAUUCAAAAACAGGGUGGUGUAUCAAAUGCCCCAAUAGAGGAUGUAAUCACCAACAAACUAGAUCUUUUCUUACUUAGUAGAUAGGUUGAUGAGUUAUGUAACUAAAUCAAUGAUUGCGGUAUUCCUGAUAAGGAAAUGGAAAGUAAACUAUAAAAGGCUUGA